UUGCCUAACACAUGGUCUGACUUCCUCGAGCCCGAAGCAGAACCGAUUAGAUCUGAGCAGCGCCAGGCCAUAGGUAUAAUGCAUUGUCUGGCUAUGGCGAUUGCAGUCUGCCGACGACGAUAUGGCGAUCAGUCCGACCCAGAGGCCACUCUUGCUCUAACUACACUGCCGGUGCCGGUCGCUGUUUCAGCCGUCUGCACGGACGGUGUCCACUUCGACUUCAUCCAUUUCCAGCUUAACACCUUGGCCUUUCCAGAUCACAGUAAACAGGCUGCUGACAAUCUCUCCAAUAUUGCCUGGAUUGAUGGGGAUCAUCGAUUGGUGGAUAAAAUCAUUCCCAAACGCAGUAUGCUCCGCAACACAAUCUACCGAGACCUCAACAUGGAUGUAUUUACUCGAAUGCUAACAACUUAUUAUUGGAGUAGUCUGGGAAAGUUCUUCUAUUCCAGGAAAGAAAAUGUAGGAAAAGGUGAACAUAGUCACUUUAGUUUAAACAUUCAGGAGGCCAGCUAG